AUGGCGCAAUCGUUCAAUCCGAGCCAGGCUCUCCCUCGCCAGCGUAUUCGCCAACUUAUACCUCACUUACGCCUUGGAAAAUGGCCUACAGGCCCCCUCAAUUCCAUCACCGACGUCCCAGGCGUCCUGGCCCAUACUGAGUCUAUCCAUAGCUCUCCUCAUAGCAAAGAGACAUCUACCGAUAUAAAUACCGGAGUCACUGUCAUCUUGCCUAGGUCUGACUGGUACAAAUAUGCAAGCUUUGCCGGCGUCUUCAGCUUCAACGGCUGCGGAGAAAUGACGUCUGCUCACUGGCUUAACGAAACGGGCCAACUUCAUUCGCCAAUUGUUCUGACCACGACUUCAGCCGUUGGCGAUGCGUAUCGUGGAAUCUGGGAAUACACUAUCGAACACCACUCUAAUGAAGAUAAAGAGCCCAACAUCUUUCUCGUACCCACCGUCGCUGAAACAUAUGACGGCUAUCUCAACGAUCAAAGCAAAUUCGCCGUCACUCCGCAGCACAUUGCCAACGGCAUUAAGGGCGCAACUGCAGACCCUGUGCAAGAAGGAAACGCAGGAGGCGGAACAGGCAUGAUGUGCCAUCGCUUUAAAGGAGGCAAUGGGUCUAGCAGCCGUGUGGUCAAAGGAUACGACCAUGAUGGGAACGAAAAGUCCUAUACGGUUGGAGUGCUUGUCCAGGCCAACUACGGAUCAAUGGAGAAUCUCCAUAUUGGAGGCGUCCCAGUAGGCCAAAUUCUCAAAGAACAAGGGAAUCAAGCAUUGCCAAGUCUCAAACCUGGACAGAAAGAGCCUCGCAAAGACGGUAGCAUCAUCAUCAUCGUUGCAACAGACGCUCCUCUUCUACCUAUCCAGCUCCAGCGAUUGGCUAAGCGUGCCACUGUCGGCUUGGCCAAGGUCGGAGGCUACGGCAACAAUACUUCAGGAGACAUAUUUCUUGCAUUUUCUAAUGCAAACAAGAUUCCAUUCUCAGAGCUGUCUGGGGGUAAACGUACCUACGAGCCGCAACCGUACGGCGUGCAGAUGUCAGAUAACUAUACCAUUGAUGGAUUAUUUGAGGCCGCAGCUGAUGCGACGGAAGAGGCGAUUUACAACGCACUUUGCAUGGCUGAAACGACGGUAGGAUUCAAGGAGAGAAGAGUCGAAGCUCUUGAUUUGGCCAAGGUAAAGGAGAUUGUUGAGAAGAGGUUGUGA